AUGGCCGGUCUGAACGUGUCCCUCUGCUUCUUCCUCGCCACCUUCGCCCUCUGCCAGGCGGCCAGGAGGGCGGCCAAGGCCCUGCUCCCCGGGGGCGCCUACGCCCACUUUGCCCGGGAGGCGGCGGGCACGGCCCAGCUGGGGGCCUGCUGCCUGGAGAUGCGGAUGCUGGUGGAGCUUGGGCCCUGGGCGGGGGGCUUCGGCCCCGACCUGCUGCUGACUCUGGUCUUCCUGCUCCUUCUGGUGCAUGGGGCCACCCUGGACGGGGCCUCGGCCAACCCCACGGUGUCCCUGCAGCGGUUCCUCCUGGCCGAGGCCUCCUUGCCCGGCACGCUGCUGGAGCUGGCGGCACAGGCACUGGGCGUGCAGGCGGCCGGCGCCCUGACGCGGCUCUACUGGGCCUGGGGGCUCAGCGACCUGCACGUGCUGCAGAGCCUCAUGGACCCACACUGCAGCUCGGCGCUGCGCACGGCCGUGCCCCACGGCGCCCUGCUCGAGGGCUCCUGCGCCUUCCUGCUGCACCUGGCGCUCCUCCGCCUCCAGGGCAGCCGCGCCGUCCACAGGGCGCCGGCUGUGGCCCUGCUGCUCACCGCCGUGGCCGGCACAGCCGGGCCCCUGACGUCCGCCUUCCUGAACCCUGCACUGGCCGCCUCGGUCACUUUCCGCUGCUCAGGGCACAGCGUCCUGGAGUAUGUCCAGGUCUACUGGCUGGGCCCCGUGACAGGCAUGCUCCUAGCCGUCCUGCUGUAUCACGGCCGCCUCCCUCGCCUUUUCCAGAGGAACCUGCUUUACAGUCAGAAGAGCAAGUACCGGGUCCCCAGAGGGAGGCCUGUCCCGGGGCCUGGAGGCAGCCAGACGCCUGAAGAGGGGAGCAGAGGACGGGGGCCCCGGUAG